CGCUCCAGGCAGAGGACGGUGAAGAAGAGGCUGACGCUCGCUGCCCUCCUCUAUCUCCUCUUCAUGACCGGGGAGCUCGUAGGUGGAUAUGUUGCUAACAGCCUAGCAAUUAUGACAGAUGCACUUCAUAUGUUAACUGACCUUAGUGGUAUUAUUUUGACCCUGCUUGCUCUCUGGCUCUCUGCAAAAUCUCCCACAAAGAGGUUCACUUUCGGAUUUCAUCGCUUAGAAGUAUUGUCUGCCAUCAUUAGUGUAUUGCUGGUCUAUAUCCUCAUGGCAUUCCUCUUGUAUGAAGCCGUUCAAAGAACUAUCCAUAUGGACUAUGAAAUAAAUGGCGAUAUCAUGCUGAUUACAGCAGCCGUUGGUGUUGCAGUUAACUUAAUAAUGGGUUUUUUGCUGAAUCAAUCUGGCCACCUUCACUCCCACUCCCAUUCCCACCCUCACUCUCACGUACCUCAGUCGAACUCUCCUAACACAGCCCACAGCAGCAGCCACGGGCACAGCAGCCUUGCGGUGAGAGCAGCGUUUGUACACGCCCUUGGGGACCUGGUACAAAGUAUUGGUGUGCUCGUGGCUGCAUACAUCAUACGCUUUAAGCCAGAAUACAAGAUCGCUGAUCCUAUAUGUACAUAUGUAUUCUCCAUACUGGUGGUUUUGACAACAGUUCGAAUUCUGUGUGACACAGGAGUUAUUAUUCUGGAAGGAGUUCCAAGGCAUUUAAAUGUGGAUCGCAUUAAGGAAGACUUGAUGAAAAUUGAAGAUGUUUAUUCUAUAGAAGACUUAAAUGUUUGGUCUCUCACUGCAGGAAAAACAACUGCCAUAGUCCACUUGCAACUAGUUCCUGGAAGUUCAUCUAAAUGGGAGGAAGUUCAGUCCAAGGCUCGACAACUGCUGCUGAACACAUUUGGAAUGUACAAGUGCUCUGUCCAGCUUCAGAGUUACAAACAGGAAAUCAGCAAAACCUGCGCAAGUUGUCAGAGUUCCAGUGCCUAAUUUCAUAUGUUUUGGGAACUGCUGCCUUAUUCUUUAUCUUGUAGUCAAAGACUGAGAGCAAUAAAUGCAAAAUGAAAGUGAUCAAAUAGAAACCAUUAAUACGUGGAUUUGUACCAUGUAACAUGCAGCAGGGAGAACUGGUGCUGCAGAAAGUGCAGUGGUUGCCCUACAGAACAUGUAUUUCACUCUCUCCCUUGUACUGGUUUAUUCAAGUUAUGAUGAUUUGGAGACAAAGCUGUUUUCAGAUUAUUGUUUACAAACUGCAAUGUGGUUCUGCAGAUACCUCAAAAAUUACAGUCCCAUAUUGUCCUUGAAUAACUAUGUACCACAAAGUACCUGCACUCCAAAUGGAGCAUCAAGUAUUCAGUAUUUCAGUUCAAGUCUCUAAUGCUGAUCAUGCCAGGAUUCCAUAUGUCAUGAUCCCUAAAAUCAUUAUACAGUAUUUUUGCAAUAGUAAUUUUCAUACAGUAUCUU